AAAUGGACCAGAAUGGCGUUUCAACCGACUGCAGCUUAACCCAAAUGUGCUGUCACCAAAAGCCGUUCAAAAUUUUGUCCCUUUAGUGGAUAUGAUAGCAAGGGACUUUGCGGAUAACCUGAAGAAGAAAAUGCUGGAGAAUUUCCAUGGAAGCUUCUCUUUGGACAUUCAGUCCAAUAUAUUCAACUAUACCAUAGAAGCCAGCCACUUUGUUAUUUUUGGAGAGCGGCUGGGUCUCCUUGGCCAUGACCUGAGCCCUGGCAGCCUGAAGUUCAUCCAUGCCUUGCAUUCUAUGUUCAAGUCCACCACACAGCUCAUGUUCUUGCCCAGGAGCCUGACUCGAUGGACAAGUACCCGGGUGUGGAAAGAAAACUUUGAGUCCUGGGAUUUUAUCUGUGAAUACGUCGAAAAAUCUAUCAAGAAUGUGUAUCAAGAGCUGGCAGAGGGUCGCCCACAGACUUGGAACAUCCUAGGAGAGGUGGUAGCAGAGAGUACUCUGUCAAUGGAUGCCAUCCAGGCCAACUCAAUGGAACUUAUUGCUGGAAGUACUGACACG